UGACUUCUCAGCGUAAAGCUCUAUAGCCAUCAUGAUCGAGGAUCCCUCGAACGACUUUGACUAUGAUACAGAUCUUUGUGUGAUAUCACCCAUCAAAGAACCUAUUGCGACCAACGCUUCGGUUUAUGCUACAAUUGGGCGAGCCACCUUCCUAGUCCUCUCCCGCUUGGAUCAUUUGUCCUUCUAUGGAGUGGAUACUCAGCUGCCCAGCCUAAACGAGUGCUUCAAGAUCCACGGAGCUACUAUAAAUUCAAUGGUCCAUGCUCGAAUCAAUGAUGAAGAUGUGUUAGUAACUUUUGAUACUACUUACACCCUUGCAGUUGUACUGGCUAAAGAAGGUGGGGGGUACAUCAAGAAAGAGAUAAUGAAGUUGGAUCCAAAAGGGCACCAGCAAGCAAUCGACUCUAAGCCAAUCCUUGUGGCCUUGGAAGAUGAGGGUGAGACAAAGCGACUCGUGCUACACUGUUUCCAGGGCUAUGUUCAUCUUUUCGUACAAGAGGAGUCUAACAAAGCAAAACGAAAGAGAACCGGAACACCCAUCAAUAUAAACGAACGCAAGUGGACAUUUAGCACAAUAUCAAUAGGUUCUUUGGUAGUGCUGAAAAUGGUAUCCCUUCAGAAAAAUAGCAUUGCUCUUCUCUACAGAGACUUUAAUUUCAAUUACUCAUUACGAUACUACCUUAUACAAGAUGAUCAUAUUGUGUUGGAUACCCAAUUCAGGGAGUUUAGUGUGCCUCCAUCUUGCAUAAUACCCACCAAUUUUGGGGGACUCUUGGUUCUAACGGGAAUUCGUCUUUUUUACUUUGGAAAACUGGGCUCUGUUUUGGCACUCCAUAACAGCGCAGAAGACUCACUAUCGAUUAAUUCUGAGGCAGAUGUGAUAACCAAGGACCUUUCAAAGUAUCCCCAACUUUUUAGUGAGUCAUUUUGCUCCUACACUGUAAUCGAUGAUACCAGAACAUUGAUAGUAUCGAACAGUGGCAUGACGUAUCUUAUCAACAUAGAAUUAGAGUCAGAGUCUCGAAUGGUGAUUUUUAAGAGGUUUGACUUCAUUCAAUUGGGGAAAUCUACAAUUCCUUUGGAAGGGGGCCUUUUCCAUAUUACUGAUAAUCAUUUUCUACAAGUUUCCAGGCACGCUAAAUCGAUUUUAUUCCAGAUCUCUCCUAAAACUCCCAACAUAUACGUUUCCUCAUUUUUGGAGUCUUCUCCCCCAAUUUUGGACUUUGAUAUCAUUGAUGAUAACAACGAAUGGAACAUUAUGACGUGCCAAGGAGGGUAUGAAGGAAGUGAACUAUCUAAAUAUAUUAGCACAAAUGGUGGCUGCAACCUUGAGGCAGAGUAUGAUUUGAAGGGCCUCUCCAUCCCUCUUGAUCUCGAGAUUCUGGGAUCAGAUCUGUUCGUAAUAUCAGACUCCAGAAAUCGUAAGUUAUUCAAGUAUGAUGGUCAAAUCAGCUAUGAAAAGGAUUUGCCAAAUGUUACACAGCAAGCGAUUACAAUAGAAACCAAAGAAGAUCUUGAAUUAACAACAAGUGGCAUUGCUGGGUUGUUUUUCGAGAAUGUAUCUGCGGGUAAGAUACUACACCCGAACCUUAUUGUGUAUACCAGUGGCCUGAAUAUAAUUGCCAGGGAUAAGACCAGCAUAAUUGACCUAUUUGAUACUGGGGCAGUGAUCAAGAAAUUGCGAAUUACGGAAACUGAUAAUGGGUGUUAUUCGUGGGUUUUAGAGACAGAUGGGCCAACAAUUUUAGGUGUAUUGGAUAAUACUUUUCAAGUGCUCUACUCGUCUAAACUUAUCGAGCACUCUCACGAUUUAGCUCUCGUAGUCAACGAUUCGAGAUGGUUUAUCUUCAAUCUGGACAGUUAUGGGAGAAUCUACCAGUAUCGAUUUAGUGCAUCUAAGAAGUUGCAGUUGAUUGAUUCUGAGAUUUUGAAAUUAAGUGACACAUCUUUAAAAGUUUUGACACUGGGAAGAACAUUGGUAGUACAUGACAUGAAAGAUGUUUGGAGAUUGAAUACUGAAGCUGUACUGGGCUUUUAUAUUCCAUUUAAGUUGAACGGAUUGCAAUUUGACAAAAUAAAACUUCUUGAUGAAAGUAGUUUGGUUUGUCUUUACAGAAGCAAAGUGGUAGUGCAGAAACUACCACAGAUAGGUGAAAGCUUGUUCAAAAGGGCAUAUGAUUGUCCUUAUUUAAUCACUCGAUCGGUACAGGUACCCGAGAGCAAAUCAGACAAUGAGGAAUAUAUUUCGAAUCAAUAUUCGGUACUAAUCUGCCAUGAAUCGAAAUCUACGGUUUCGAAUACAAAAAAAGGAACAUUUUUGCAAUUAGUGGACAAUCACACGAUGAGCCUACUAAAUGAGUACACUUUCCCAGAUGCAGUAGAGUUGGUUGAUCUUUUGGCAAUAUAUGAUGAAGAGAAUAAUCAAGCCUUGGUUUUCGUGCUAGCAAGCAAUAGACAGGCCCCUAUAAUUGUGUUCACAAUACGGAACCAGAAGCUUGAGUUGAUUGCCCAGAGCAGAUUCGAUGGCAAUGUCUCGUCCAUGCAGUCUAUGCGGUUGGUUCACAACGACUCGCCUUACUUUCGAUUGAGUGUGUCGGGCGCUUUCAAUUACAUGGUGCGGUGUGAAAGAAGAUCGGAAACCAGCUUCACCUGGGAGUUGGCCGAGGAGAGUAUCAGUCAGUGUCCCGUGUAUCCUGUGGCGCAUGCAGUGUGGGACGACGACGGACCUAUAUACUAUGCGGACGUAAGGGACGGUGUCUACGUGAAGGAUUUGGAUGAGAUUUCGUUUGCACAGAUGAUUUUCAAGUAUCGCCACCAUUUCAUCACUGCGUUGGACAUUCUGCACCCAGGGCACCAGCACAUUCCCAGGCUAAUAGUGGUGGGCGAUUCGUUCGGAAACUUGUCGGUGAUCAAGGAUAACCACCAAGUAGCCUGCUUCAAUUUAGGGGACCAAAUCAACGUUAUCAAGGCCGUUCCUGCGCGCAAGGAGCCCCACCAAUAUGACAAGCAGCCAGCAACCUCCUUGACCACAGACGUGGCCAUAGUAGGGACUGUCAACGGAGGCAUCUUCAAGGUGGCCUUCUGCAACACUCCCAAAGAUGCCCACGCCAUCAGCGAGUGCGCAAACGAGUUGGAGAAUAUUUCUUCAGUCUACAAUGGGGCCAGGUUUGACUGGAAAGCACCAGUAGAUGCCAGUGGUAACCCGGAACGGAUGGAUGCUUUUGGUGCAGUGGACAUCAGAAGCAUAGCCAGGGCAUUGAUGCUCCCGUCGCUGGCGCUCCAGUCCCGGAAGUACAAAAACACCUGUGCGAGUAUGGGGUUGUUGCGAAAACUCUACUACGAAUCCGUAGCCUAUACGCUCCAAUAUCACAAUUGAGCAGCGCGCACGACCGCGUCUCAUUUUUUCUAACAUAUAAACACAACUGUAGAUGCCAUCCGCCAGCAGCAUCACCAUGGGCGACAAAUUCGACGACAUAGACAUGCUUGAGAUCCCCGACGAC